AUGGGGGAGAAAGUUUCGGAGGCGCCGGAGCCGGUGCCCCGUGGCUGCAGCGGCCACGGCGCCCGGGCUCCUGCCCCUGCGGUGGCCGCCGCAUCCUCGCCUGGCGCUUCCUCGGCCGAGUCCUCCUCGGGCUCAGAAACUCUGUCGGAGGAAGGGGAGCCCGGCGGCUUCUCUCGAGAGCAGCCGCAGCCACCGCCGCCGGGCGGCGCCCUAGGCGCCCCGCCGCCCGCCGCGUGGGCUCCCGCGCGCGUGGUGCUCGAGCUUGGAGUCUGUGCGCCGCCGCCGCAGCUCCGCGGAGGAACCGCGCCGCCCGCGCCGCGGGGCAGCAGCGCGUCCCAGGAGGAGCAGGACGAGGAGCUUGACCACAUACUGUCACCUCCGCCCAUGCCGUUUCGGAAAUGCAGCACCCCGGAUGUGACUUCUGGUCCUGCAAAGUCACUGAAGUUUAAAAGACAGCUGAGUGAGGACGGGCGAGAGCUGCGGCGGGGAAGCCUGGGAGGAGCUCUCACAGGGCGGUACCUGCUUCCAAACCCCGUGGCAGGGCAGGCCUGGGCCACCUCGGCGGAGACGUCCAACCUCGUGCGCAUGCGCAGCCAGGCCUUGGGCCAGUCUGCGCCCUCACUCACCGCCAGCCUGAAGGAGUUGAGUCUCCCCCGAAGAGGAAGUUUUUGCCGAACAAGCAACCGGAAAAGCUUGAUAGGCAAUGGACAGUCACCAGCAUUGCCUCGACCACACUCACCUCUCUCUGCUCAUGCAGGAAACAGCCCUCAAGAUAGUCCAAGAAAUUUCUCCCCCAGUGCCUCAGCCCAUUUCUCAUUUGCACGGAGGACUGAUGGACGCCGCUGGUCCUUGGCUUCUCUCCCUUCUUCUGGCUAUGGGACAAACACCCCCAGCUCCACAGUCUCUUCCUCCUCUUCCUCCCAGGAGAAGCUGCAUCAGUUACCAUACCAACCAACGCCAGAUGAAUUGCACUUCCUGUCAAAACAUUUUUGUACUACUGAAAGCAUUGCCACGGAAAACAGAUGCAGGAACACUCCCAUGCGCCCCCGUUCUCGAAGUCUGAGCCCCGGACGUUCUCCCGCCUGCUGUGACCAUGAAAUAAUUAUGAUGAACCAUGUCUACAAAGAAAGGUUCCCAAAGGCCACGGCUCAGAUGGAAGAACGUCUGAAGGAAAUAAUCACCAGCUACUCUCCUGACCACGUUCUUCCUCUAGCAGAUGGAGUGCUCAGUUUCACUCACCAUCAGAUUAUUGAACUGGCUCGAGAUUGCUUGGAUAAAUCCCGCCAGGGUCUCAUCACCUCACGAUACUUCCUUGAAUUACAACACAAAUUAGAUAAAUUGCUGCAAGAGGCUCAUGAUCGUUCAGAAAGUGGAGAAUUGGCAUUUAUUAAACAACUGGUUCGAAAGAUCCUAAUUGUUAUUGCCCGCCCAGCUCGAUUAUUAGAGUGUCUGGAAUUUGAUCCUGAAGAAUUCUACUACCUGUUGGAAGCAGCCGAAGGCCAUGCCAAAGAAGGACAGGGUAUUAAAACUGACAUUCCCAGGUACAUCAUUAGCCAGCUGGGGCUCAAUAAGGAUCCUUUGGAAGAAAUGGCUCAGUUGGGAAACUAUGACAGUGGGACAGCAGAAACACCAGAAACAGAUGAAUCAGUGAGUAGCCCCAAUGCUUCCUUGAAACUUCAAAGGAAACCUCGGGAAAGUGAUUUUGAAACGAUUAAAUUGAUUAGCAAUGGAGCCUAUGGGGCAGUCUACUUUGUUCGGCAUAAGGAAUCCCGGCAGAGGUUUGCUAUGAAGAAGAUCAAUAAACAGAACCUCAUCCUCCGAAACCAGAUCCAGCAGGCCUUUGUGGAACGGGAUAUCCUGACGUUUGCAGAGAAUCCCUUUGUUGUCAGCAUGUACUGCUCCUUUGAAACAAGGCGCCACCUUUGCAUGGUCAUGGAAUAUGUGGAAGGAGGCGACUGUGCUACCUUGAUGAAGAAUAUGGGUCCUCUCCCUGUUGACAUGGCAAGGAUGUACUUUGCGGAGACAGUCUUGGCCUUGGAAUAUCUACAUAAUUAUGGAAUUGUACACAGGGAUUUGAAACCAGACAAUUUGUUGGUCACCUCCAUGGGGCACAUAAAGCUGACAGAUUUUGGAUUAUCCAAGGUGGGACUAAUGAGCAUGACUACCAAUCUUUAUGAAGGUCAUAUCGAGAAGGAUGCUCGAGAGUUCCUGGACAAACAGGUCUGUGGCACGCCUGAAUACAUUGCACCAGAAGUGAUUUUGAGGCAGGGCUAUGGGAAGCCAGUGGACUGGUGGGCCAUGGGGAUUAUCCUCUAUGAAUUUCUGGUUGGAUGCGUGCCAUUCUUUGGGGACACUCCAGAAGAGCUGUUUGGACAAGUCAUCAGUGAUGAGAUCAACUGGCCGGAAAAGGAUGAGGCACCACCCCCCGAUGCCCAGGAUCUGAUUACCUUGCUUCUUAGGCAGAAUCCUCUGGAGAGACUGGGAACAGGUGGCGCCUAUGAAGUCAAACAGCAUCGAUUCUUCCGUUCUUUAGACUGGAACAGUUUGCUGAGACAGAAGGCAGAAUUUAUUCCCCAACUGGAAUCUGAGGAUGACACAAGUUAUUUUGAUACUCGGUCAGAGAAAUAUCAUCACAUGGAGACUGAGGAAGAAGAUGACACAAAUGAUGAAGACUUUACUGUGGAAAUAAGGCAGUUUUCCUCCUGUUCACACAGGUUUUCAAAAGUUUUCAGCAGCAUAGACCGAAUAACUCAGAAUCCAGGAGAAGAGAAGGAAGAGCCUGGAGACAAAACCAAAAGCACAACAUUGCCAUCCACAGAAACAUUCAGCUGGAGUUCAGAAUAUUCGGAAAUGCAACAGUUAUCCACAUCCAACUCUUCAGAUACUGAAAGCAACAGACAUAAACUCAGUUCUGGCCCACUUCCCAAACUGGCUAUUUCAACAGAGGCAGAAAAAGAUGAAGGUGCUCCCUGCCCCAGAGACCUGCACGAGGAGCCCGAGGUCACCACUCCCGCCAGUACAAUCAGCAGCUCCACCCUGUCAGUUGGCAGUUUUUCAGAGCACUUGGAUCAGAUAAAUGGACGAAGCGAGUGUGUGGACAGUACAGAUAAUUCCUCAAAGCCACCCAGUGAACCCGCUUCUCACAUGGCUCGCCAGCGAUUAGAAAGCACAGAAAAAAAGAAAAUCUCGGGGAAAGUCACAAAGUCCCUUUCUGCCAGUGCUCUGUCCCUCAUGAUCCCAGGAGAUAUGUUUGCCGUUUCUCCCCUGGGAAGUCCAAUGUCCCCCCAUUCCCUGUCCUCGGACCCUUCUUCUUCACGAGAUUCUUCUCCCAGCCGAGAUUCUUCAGGAGCUUCUGCCAGUCCACAUCAGCCCAUUGUGAUCCACAGUUCAGGGAAAAACUACGGUUUUACCAUCCGAGCCAUCCGGGUGUAUGUGGGAGACAGCGACAUCUAUACAGUGCACCAUAUUGUUUGGAAUGUUGAAGAAGGAAGUCCAGCAUGCCAAGCAGGACUGAAGGCUGGGGAUCUGAUCACACACAUCAAUGGAGAACCAGUGCAUGGACUUGUCCACACGGAAGUUAUAGAGCUUUUGCUAAAGAGUGGAAAUAAGGUCUCAAUCACCACCACCCCAUUUGAAAACACGUCCAUCAAGACGGGACCAGCCAGGAGAAACAGCUGUAAGAGCCGGAUGGUGAGGCGGAGCAAGAAAUCGAAGAAGAAAGAAAGUCUAGAAAGGAGGAGAUCCCUUUUUAAAAAACUAGCCAAGCAGCCUUCUCCUUUACUCCACACCAGCCGAAGCUUCUCCUGUUUGAACCGUUCCCUGUCAUCAGGGGAGAGCCUCCCAGGCUCCCCAACGCACAGCUUGUCUCCCCGGUCCCCCACGCCCAGCUAUCGCUCCACCCCUGACUUCCCAUCAGGUACUAACUCCUCUCAGAGCAGCUCCCCAAGCUCUAGUGCCCCCAAUUCCCCAGCGGGGUCAGGACACAUCCGGCCCAGCACCCUACAUGGUCUGGCCCCCAAACUCAGCGGACAGCGCUACCGUUCUGGAAGGCGGAAGUCGGCUGGCAGCAUCCCCCUCUCCCCACUGGCCCGGACCCCCUCUCCAACACCACAGCCCACCUCCCCUCAGCGGUCACCAUCCCCUCUGUUGGGACACUCGCUUGGCAAUUCCAAGAUCGCUCAAGCUUUUCCCAGCAAAAUGCACUCCCCUCCCACCAUAGUCAGACAUAUCGUGAGGCCCAAGAGUGCAGAGCCCCCGAGGUCCCCACUGCUCAAGCGCGUGCAGUCAGAGGAGAAGUUGUCUCCCUCCUAUGGCAGUGACAAGAAGCACCUGUGUUCCCGCAAACACAGCCUGGAGGUGACCCAGGAGGAGGUGCCGAGGGAACAGCCUCCACGGGAAGUGACCUUGCAGAGCCUGGAGGAGAAUGUGUGUGACGCCCCUUCCCUGAGCCGCGCCAGGCCUGUGGAGCAAGGCUGCCUGAAGCGUCCUGUCUCCCGGAAGCUGGGGAGACAGGAGUCUGUGGAUGAGCUGGACCGAGAGAAGCUCAAGGCCAAGGUGGUGGUGAAGAAGCCAGAUGGUCUCCCAGAGAAACAAGAACCCCACCAGAAAUCCCAUGGACUUGGGAGUGAUUUAGAAAACCUCUCUACUUUUAGGCUGGAAGAGAGAGAGAAGAAAAUCUAUCCGAAGGCUUUAGAAAGGUCAAGUCAUUUUGAUAACAAAGUGGCCUUGCAGGAGGCCCCAUCCGUGGGCAGCCUGCUGAAAGGGGCUCUUCACAAGCAGGCCAGCAUUCGGGCCAGCGAGGGAGUGACCUCGGAAGGGGCAGCGGCUGGCCAUGGCCCAGCACCUGGGGACCACAGCCAGGGCAUCUGUGACUUCAAGCGCACCUCUGCUCCUGGCACCCUCCAGGACACUCUCUGCCACUCGGCUGAUAGGUCCAGCUCUGGGAAGGGUGAAAACACGGAGAAGGCCUCCCAGGCCAAGGAGUGUCUCCGAUGUGAGAAGUUAGACAGCAAACUGGCCAACAUCGAUUACCUCCGAAAGAAAAUGUCACUUGAAGACAAAGAUGACGGCCUGUGCACUGUGCUCAAGCCCAAGAUGACGUCUAGUGCCCACGAAAGCCUGCCCGGGAACCCCGUCCGGUCCAUGGGUGGACAGCAGGAGACCCCAGUGGCCUCUGAGAGCCGAGCAUUCAUGAGCAGUGCCCACACGGCUCAGAUCAGCACUGUCUCCUUUGUCCCUCUCAAGGCGCUAGCUGGGCGGGUGGACGGUGGAGUAGAGAAGCCGGGCUUGGUUGCUCCUGAGUCACCCGUCCGGAAAAGCCCUUCUGAGUAUAAACUGGAAGGUAGGUCUGUGUCCUGCCUGAAACCAAUUGAGGGCACUUUGGAUAUUGCUCUCCUGUCUGGACCUCAGGCCUCCAAGACAGAGCUGCCUUCCCCAGAGCCUGCACAGAGCCCCAGCCCGGCCAGUGAUGUGAGGCCCUCUGUGCCACCGGCUCUCCCCAGCACCGGGGGCAAGAAGGGUGAGACGGCGGGUCAGAGGGAGCCUUCCCCUGCUGGCUUCAGGAUUAAUAAGUCCUACCUGCUGGAGCCCCGGUUCCCACCCCCCAGCCGGGGUCUCCAGAAUUCACCAGCAGCUCCCGUGCCUUGCUCUGACCCAGAGCUAAAGCGGGAUAGGAAAGCUUCCCAUGCAGCCAAGAGCACAGUGACGGUCAUGGAAAGCGAUCCCCAGCGGAGAGAGGGGGGCCCCAGCAAACACCAAAACCAUAGCCCUGACACCAAACUCCUCCCCUCCCUGGGAUUGAACCCCCACAGCGCGGACCCAUCCAGGUCACGCAGCCUGCUGCUGCCUGAAGGUACCGCCUCAAGAGAGAAGCCAAGUGGGAGGGAAUCCUCUGAAAGGGGCCCUUCCACGGCCAGAAGCGAGCGGUCCGCUGUGAGACCUGACUCCCACAGGGAUCCCUCUGUGGAGUUGUAUCCUCCAGAAGCUGCUAAAACCAGUGACAAUUCCAGAAAUCUCCCCUCUGGGGAAAGGACCCGUCCAGAUUCCUGCACUCAGACCCAAGCCCUGGAGAAAGCAUGGGCACCUUGUGGGAAAACAAACCACAGAGAUGGCCGAGAUGAGGUGAGGCCCCUGGCGAGGGAGGACUCCUCUUUGCAGUCAGCAGGGAUUCCUCGUGAGAGGGAGCUGGGCAGAGGAAGAGGUGGCCCGGAACCCCAGCCAGAAGCUCCUCCCAGCCGGUGGUCCCUGCAGCCACCAGGCACUGAACGCAGGAAGGAAGCCCAGCUCUCUGCUUUCCCAUCCUUGCCGAAAGACAGUCCCAAGGAACCAGAAAGGAAAGAACAGCCUCUACAAAAGCACGUCAGCAGUAGCUCUCAGCCCCCGCUGGUCACCAAAGAACUGCCCAGCCUGGCCACUCAGCAGCACUGCGUCUCCCCAAGCCACUCCUCAGGCAGAGAGCCGGGGGGCAAGCCCUGUACUACAGAGCCCAGCCUGGGCCUCCAGGGCCCUCCCAGGCCCGCUGCAGUGCAUGGUGAGAGCAGCAGCCCCAAGUCUGGGCCUGGCCCCGACUCCAUCCCCGCAAAGUCUAAGCACCCUGACAGGGCCCUCUCCUCCCAGAAGCCAAGCGUUGGGCCUGCAGCAGGCAGAGAGGCUGCAGCCCAGCCGCAGGUCGGCCCCAGCCGAGAAGGGAAGGACAGCAGUAAGGGUGUGCCGGAGGCCUUCCCUGCCCUCCCAGGCUCCCAGAACACAGCCACCAAUGCGAUUAGCCAGGGAGGAAGUGGACCCUCAGUUCCGCUGCUCACCGAAGGGGGUCCUCUAGACCCUAAGCUAAAAGCCACCGGUGGCAGGCGGUCUCCGGAGGCACCAGAGAAGCCCACGCAUCUGCCGCAGCAAGGACACCCAGGAGGGGGUGAAUCGGCGGACCAGAAAGUUGCCCCUGUCAAUGAAAAGCAAAACGUGUCUCCAAAGCACCCCAAACCAUCCACUGUGAAAGAUUGCCCCGCUGUGUGCAGACAGACAGACAGGAGUCCAAGUUCACAGGCUGCCACCGCCACGGACAGGAAGUCUGAGGGGAAGAAAUGCACUGAAGCACUUUACGUUCCAGCAGACGGCGGGAAGCUUGAGGCCAGCCUUUCCCUGGCACCCGGCGAGGCCCGGCCAAAAGGCCCAGAGAGGCCAGCAGCUGCUGUGGGGAAAGGCUUGCCAGAGGCCAAGGGGAAAGUGCUGAGUCCCCAGAAGCCGCUGACUGAGGCAGGCAAGCCCAGCGGCAUGAAACGGUCGCCCUCGGCCACCGGACAGAGUUCUUUUCGAUCCACUGCCCUCCCAGAAAAGUCUCUGAGCUCCUCCUCCAGCUUUCCUGAGGCCAGACCGGGGGCUCGAGAGGCUGCUGCAACUAGCGGUGACACAUCUUUGGCCAAGGCCAGCGGGGCUGCGGCUAAGACCCUGCCCGGGGGCGACGGCAGAACCCACAUGACAAAGAGCGACUCUCUGCCAUCCUUUCGGAGCUCCACCGUCACCCUGGAAUUGCACCACCCCAGCCCGCCCGUGGCAGGGGGAGCCGGCCACCGGGACAGGGCCCUGUCGGUAUCUGCCACCACAGGAGAAACCAAAGGCAAAGAGCCUGUCGCAGCCCCGCCCUCUCAGACUAGGAAACAGAGCGUGGGCAGAGAAGUGACCAAGGCAUCCCCAGCUCCAAACCCUGACCGGCCCAUCGCCCUUUCUUCUGAGAAGGACUUUGUGGUGCGGCAGAGGCGGGGGAAAGAGAGUUUGCGUAGCAGCCCGCACAAAAAGGCCUCGUAA